UUGGUCACUGAGAAAAGAAGUGCUAUCCACACACACCUCUCAUCGACCAGUCCGAUCCAACGCCUGCCCAGGGUGAAAUUGUCUGCCCCGCCACCACCACAGCAAGUGCUACUGCCCAUUCUUGGGGUACCUUUUUGGGAUUGAUAUGAUUUAUUUCGAGGCCAACGUCACUACUUCCAUACCUACAAGCCCCAUGUACAAUAAUAGCAACACCAACGGCCAGUACCUUGGCGACUACUCUUACCAGCAGCAGCUUCACCAGCAGCAGCUCCACCACCAGCCACAACAACAGCAGCAACAGCAGCAGCAGCAGCAGCAAGCCAAGUCCCAGCAGCAACAACCACAGGCAAACAACCAGCAGGCUGCUCAGCAGGGCCAUGCCAACUACUACCAAGCAUCAGCACCUUCCACCAACAGCAACGUCGCUGCCAAGUUCACCCCCCAGGACAUCCAGGUGUUGCGCCAGCUUCUUGUGGCAGGCGAGAAGCACAAGUGGAAGCAGAUCACCAAGGAGGUCAACCAGUCGUCCACGCAGAACGCCCAGCUCCAGCAGUACGGCAGCUCUAACGGCUCGAUCAGCCCCAACGGCCAGAAGUCUUCUGCCCAGGCCAAGAACGUGUCGCCCACCUUCGUGAUCAAACAGUACCAGAGCUUGUUGGGCUUGCCUAGCAGCGCUCUCUACUUCGGCAGCUUGGGCAGCUCGUUGCCGUAUGUUGCCAGUGCCAACGGAUGGGACAAUAUCAGCGACUCGUCCUACCAGCACCAAUUUGGCGAAGACAUCGAGUAGGUUUGUGCUAAUUAUAAACUCGGUGUGCUUGAUUAUUCUUUUCCCCUCUGUGUUAUUAAAUGUUAUUUACUUCUCUAAUAUAGUCAUGCUAGAAUGAUGUAGACCGCAUGAGACUCUUGCUAUCGUGGUGACUCGUGUUAGAGUGAUACCGUAUGAGGCUUGUGCUAGAAGCACUUCGAAGACAAUGCCCAACCAUAGCACUUUUGUGGUUUAUGAUCGGUCCUUUUGUGUCGGACAUCUCUCACCACAAUUGUCUAUUGUGGAGGGAAGAUCGUUCUUGCGGAGUCAGAACUCCGACUAUUACUGAGAUCGUCGCAGGACCGUGCCGUGACUUGGGGAUCUGCCUGUGGUAAAGACCCGUCCGGAUUGAAGAGGUCUCGGCAUCAAGCCACUCGUCUCUUAUCGAUAUCAGUAAUCACAGAU